AUGGGUGACGUUGCCAACAGUUCCAUUGAGUUCCACCCCAAGCCCCAGCAGUUGCGGGAGGCCCCCCAUGCAGGUGGCUUUGGGUGCACGCUGGCUGAGCUGCGCUCCCUCAUGGAGCUCCGAGGGGCCGAGGCGCUGCAGAAAGUCCAGGAAGCCUACGGGGAUGUCAGCGGGCUCUGCAGGAGGCUGAAGACCUCGCCCACAGAGGGCCUGGCCGACAAUGCCAACGACUUGGAGAAGCGCAGGCAGAUCUACGGGCAAAACUUCAUCCCUCCCAAGCAGCCCAAGACCUUCCUACAGCUGGUGUGGGAGGCCCUGCAGGAUGUGACCCUCAUCAUCCUGGAGGUGGCCGCCAUCGUAUCCCUGGGCCUCUCAUUCUAUGCGCCCCCUGGAGAGGAGAGCGAAGCGUGCGGGAACGUGUCAGCUGGGGCAGAAGAUGAAGGGGAGGCCGAGGCUGGCUGGAUCGAGGGGGCCGCCAUCCUGCUGUCUGUCAUCUGUGUGGUCCUGGUUACGGCCUUCAAUGACUGGAGCAAGGAGAAGCAGUUCCGGGGCCUGCAGAGCCGCAUCGAGCAGGAGCAAAAGUUCACCGUCAUCCGGAAUGGGCAGCUCCUCCAGGUCCCCGUGGCCGCGCUGGUGGUCGGGGACAUUGCCCAGGUCAAGUAUGGGGACCUGCUGCCUGCCGAUGGAGUGCUCAUCCAGGGCAACGACCUCAAGAUUGAUGAGAGCUCCCUGACGGGCGAGUCGGACCACGUGCGCAAGUCAGCGGACAAAGACCCCAUGCUGCUCUCGGGCACUCAUGUCAUGGAAGGCUCUGGAAGAAUGGUGGUGACGGCUGUUGGUGUGAACUCCCAGACAGGCAUCAUCUUUACUUUGCUUGGAGCUGGCGGAGAGGAGGAGGAGAAGAAGGAUAAGAAAGGCAAGCAACAGGAUGGGGCGAUGGAGAGUAGCCAGACCAAAGCUAAGAAGCAGGAUGGGGCUGUUGCCAUGGAAAUGCAGCCCCUGAAGAGCGCGGAAGGCGGGGAGAUGGAGGAGCGGGAGAAGAAGAAAGCCAGUGUGCCCAAGAAGGAGAAGUCAGUCCUUCAGGGAAAGCUCACCAAACUGGCCGUGCAGAUCGGGAAAGCAGGGCUGGUGAUGUCCGCCAUCACCGUCAUCAUCCUGGUCCUCUACUUUGUGAUCGAGACUUUCGUCGUGGAUGGCCGGGUGUGGCUGGCAGAGUGCACGCCCGUCUACGUGCAGUACUUCGUCAAGUUCUUCAUCAUCGGGGUCACUGUGCUGGUUGUGGCUGUCCCAGAGGGCUUGCCUCUUGCUGUCACCAUCUCCUUAGCUUACUCUGUCAAGAAAAUGAUGAGGGACAACAACCUGGUCCGCCACCUGGACGCCUGCGAGACCAUGGGCAAUGCCACGGCCAUCUGCUCAGACAAGACGGGCACGCUCACCACCAACCGUAUGACCGUGGUCCAGUCCUACCUCGGAGACACCCACUACAAAGAGGUUCCGGCCCCCGGUGCCCUGACCCCCAAGAUCCUCGAUCUCCUGGUCCACGCCAUCUCUAUCAACAGUGCCUACACCACCAAAAUUCUACCUCCAGAGAAGGAGGGUGCCCUCCCCCGCCAAGUGGGCAACAAGACGGAGUGCGCCCUGCUGGGCUUCGUCCUGGACCUGAAGCGGGACUUCCAGCCUGUGCGGGAGCAGAUUCCUGAAGAGAAGCUUUACAAGGUGUACACCUUCAACUCGGUCCGAAAGUCCAUGAGCACAGUCAUCCGCACACCUGACGGCGGCUUCCGCCUCUUCAGCAAGGGUGCCUCAGAGAUCCUGCUGAAAAAGUGCACCAACAUCUUGAACAGCAGUGGCGAACUGCGCGGCUUCCGCCCUCGGGACCGGGACGACAUGGUGAAGAAGAUCAUCGAGCCAAUGGCUUGUGAUGGCCUCCGCACCAUCUGCAUUGCCUACCGGGACUUCUUGGCCACCCAGGAGCCUGACUGGGACAAUGAAAACGAGGUGGUGGGCGACCUCACCUGCAUAGCUGUCGUGGGCAUCGAGGACCCUGUGCGGCCCGAGGUCCCAGAAGCUAUUCGCAAAUGCCAGCGUGCUGGCAUUACGGUCCGCAUGGUGACCGGGGACAACAUCAACACAGCACGGGCCAUUGCGGCCAAGUGCGGCAUCAUCCAGCCUGGGGAGGACUUCCUGUGCCUGGAGGGGAAGGAGUUCAACCGGCGGAUCCGGAACGAGAAAGGCGAGAUAGAGCAGGAGCGUCUGGACAAGGUGUGGCCCAAGCUGAGGGUCCUCGCCCGAUCGUCUCCCACUGACAAGCACACUCUGGUCAAAGGCAUCAUUGACAGCAGCACCGGCGAACAGCGGCAGGUGGUGGCCGUGACCGGGGACGGCACCAACGACGGGCCAGCCCUCAAGAAGGCGGACGUGGGCUUUGCCAUGGGCAUUGCAGGGACUGACGUGGCCAAGGAGGCUUCGGACAUCAUCCUGACCGAUGACAACUUCACCAGCAUCGUCAAGGCAGUCAUGUGGGGCCGCAACGUCUACGACAGCAUCUCCAAGUUCCUGCAGUUCCAGCUGACUGUCAACGUGGUGGCCGUGAUUGUGGCUUUCACAGGCGCCUGCAUUACUCAGGACUCUCCUCUCAAAGCUGUGCAGAUGUUGUGGGUGAACUUGAUCAUGGACACAUUCGCCUCUCUGGCCCUGGCCACCGAGCCGCCCACUGAGUCGCUGCUGCUUCGGAAGCCAUAUGGCCGGGACAAGCCCCUGAUCUCACGCACCAUGAUGAAGAAUAUUCUGGGCCACGCAGUCUACCAGCUCAGCAUCAUCUUCACACUGCUCUUCGUCGGGGAGCUCUUCUUUGACAUCGACAGUGGGAGGAACGCGCCACUGCACUCCCCACCCUCCGAGCACUACACCAUCAUCUUCAACACGUUCGUCAUGAUGCAGCUCUUCAAUGAGAUCAACGCCCGCAAGAUCCACGGCGAGCGCAAUGUCUUCGACGGCAUCUUCAGCAACCCCAUCUUCUGCACCAUCGUGCUGGGCACCUUCGCCAUCCAGAUCGUCAUCGUCCAGUUUGGCGGAAAGCCCUUCAGCUGCUCCCCGCUGUCUACGGAGCAGUGGCUCUGGUGCCUGUUUGUUGGUGUUGGGGAGCUGGUCUGGGGACAGGUCAUCGCCACCAUCCCCACCAGCCAGCUCAAGUGCCUGAAGGAAGCUGGACACGGGCCCGGACAGGACGAGAUGACGGACGAGGAGCUGGCGGAGGGCGAAGAAGAGAUCGACCACGCCGAGCGCGAGCUCCGCAGAGGCCAGAUCCUCUGGUUCCGGGGCCUCAACCGGAUCCAGACGCAGAUCCGGGUGGUGAAAGCAUUCCGUAGCUCGCUCUAUGAAGGCCUGGAAAAACCGGAAUCCAAGACCUCCAUCCAUAACUUCAUGGCGACGCCCGAGUUUCUGAUCAAUGACUACACCCACAACAUCCCCCUCAUCGAUGACACGGACGUGGACGAGAACGAGGAGCGCCUGCGCCCCCCCGCCCCCUCCCCCAACCAGAACAACAACGCCAUAGACAGCGGCAUCUACCUGACCGCGCGCGCCACCAAGUCAGCUACCUCGUCAGUGUUCUCCUCCGGCCCCGGGAGCCCGCUGCACAGCGUGGAGACGUCCCUCUGAGCAGAACUGCCCUCGGCGCGCGCACACCCACACACGCGCGCGCGCUCGGCCGGCGGCACCAGCCUGCGAGGAGCGCCCGCCAGGCAGCUGGAGACCUUGCUCAAUGGCGCUUGCGAGAAGCCGAUCCUUUCUAGGCUUCUUACCCAGGAUGGAGGAGGAGGAGGUGGAGGGAGAGACCAGAGAGCAAGAAGAGUGGUGUUACCCCCACUUUUUCUAUCGAAGUCUUUUUUUUUUUAAUGAACACUGUAAUUGCACCAGAUGUUCACCGUUUGGGCUGUGCAAUGAGGCAGGGGCUGGUUUUGAUUUGUUGGGAGGAGGUUCGUUGCACCCUCUGCGGAGCCAUUGGAGCAGCAGAUUCACACAAAAAGAGAAAAGGCGAGCAGCCCCGCUCUGCAGGGCCAGGAGUAUUCUCUGCCCAGACAGCCCCCCGUGGGAGCCGCCUGCAAACACACAACGGCGUCGCCCAGCACCCCAGCCCCAGGACGCGUGCUGCCAGUCUGCGUGUGCGUGUGUGCAUAGACACGUGUGUGUGCGUCUAGACAUAUACGUGCAUAUAGGACCAGAUGCAUCUUUAAAGAAUAAGGAACUAUUUAUCAGCAUGAUAUCUCCAUUUUUCUUAUCAGGUGUUUUCAUUUUGAAAUUUCAUUAUUUAUUGUGGCAGGGUUUUUGGGGGGGGGGGAGCGCAAGGCCAGAGCAGUUGUAAUACAAUCAGAACAUUUGGAACAUUUGCACUUUGAGACCCCUGCCUAUAGAAGAAGAAAAAAAAAACCUGUCGAUGGAAUUUUUUAUUUAAAAGGAAAAUACCAAAGUAUUGAUGAGAACGACCUCCUCCAGCAGGCGGAAGGGGGAGGUUUGCUUUCAGUUUCCUUUGGGUCCAACUCCAAUUCCAAGUCCUGAAUUCUGGCUGGUGGGCUUUCUCUGUCUGCACCUCAAUUGCAAGAGCAUAAGACCCCGCCCCCAGUGGUAGCUGACAUCCUGGAACAAUCCAGAACCCCCAAGCAGCCCCGGGAGAGCCAGGUCUGCCAGGUGGGGACGGGGAAGUGUGCCAAGAGUCCGAAAGAAAGCAGAGGGAGAACAACCAUCGAAACCUAAGAGGAGCUGACAAGACCACAGCGCAGACCCCAGUGCCCUCAGCGCCUCCACCUGGAUUCCCACUCUGCUUUAGCAAAAGCCCAGAAGUUCUUGCUGAGGGAACUGCAAAGCACCUGGGAAAGGUUCUCAGUCACCACCGACCAAAGCACUCUCCUGAUCCUGGUCUUCUCAUUCAAGGCCAACUCUGACCAUGAGGGAGGGCAUGGAUGUGUGUCUUCAGCCACCUCAGGCACCCUCCGGGAAGCAGAAGCAAAAGCAAAGCUCCUGGGAGCGACAGUCCCCAUCUCCAUGGCCCUCCUUGCACCUGUGGCUCUACCUCUUGGGGUGGAAGGCUGAGGAGGUCAGCCGGCUGAGCACCCAGUCUGCAGGUGGGGAGAGCUGGGCCUGGGCUCCCCAGAUGGUUCCCUCGGGAGCCUCUCCUUGGAGUGUGGGCACCCAGCGUGCCAAGCCUCAGUUUUCCCUGAAUGCGUGAUAACCAGGAAGGAAAAUGCAGAAAAAGCAACGGUUCGUUUACCUUCUGAAUUCACCUGCCUCACUUUUUGCAGGGAGGAGUUUGAGGUGCAACCUGUCACUUGGGCCUGGGGCUGAGCCCCUGGGGGACAGCUGGGAGCUGAGGGACCAAGGGUCAGAACAGAAGGGCAGAUGUGGAGGGGCACACUCAGCAGCUGAGCAGCAGCUGGACUGGUGGCCAGGCUGGUUCACCCAUCACAUCCCCACUGGCGGCAGCUUGUCUCAACUCCACCUGCAUCUGUGAGCAUCCGGACCACCGUCCAAAGUGCACUCUGUCCCCACUGUUAACAAUAAGGCCAUGUCACCCCUGAGCAGGUGUUGUCCAAUCUUGGGCAAAGGAAUUUCGGUGAGAAAAGCAAAUCCCACUUAAAAUGCCAGCUACAGGUAACUUAAAGCCAUCCCUUUUUUCCAAAGGGCACAUUUAGAAUGUUACCCAUUUGUAAAUUGUUCCCUACUGUCCUUGUUUAAACAACAGCAAACAGGGCAACUCAAUUUGUUGAGGGUCUGUGUGUUCGGAAACAAGAAGUAAAGUUGGAAAUGUUUAAAUUGAAGCAAAUCAGCUACUCUCAUGGACUUCUCUUCAUUCUCCAUUGUAGACACAUUGCUAGAACAAAUGGUCGACGUGUAGUCAAACCCUCACUGCUGCUGUACAAAGUUGCCUAACGUACGCGUCGACUGUUCAGUCCCCAGGCUGCCUUUCCACGGGGUGUGGGGCUCAGAUUGCUGCUCUGGUUUCUGUACAGGUUUCAGGCCAAGGGUCCUGUCUCAUCAGGAAGCCCCUCACUAUAAAGCAUUAUAUUGUAUGGAAUGGCUUGGUCAACUGUGUUUCAGUUAUUAACUCAGUUUUACAUCUUUAUCUGCCUGUUAUGAAGAUGAACAAAAACAUCUUAAUGAGGAAGACCACAGAUGCAUAAUAAUUUAAAGUCUGUAGUUAAAUUUCCUAAUUUAAAGAAUAGACCAAAAUUUCUGUGUAUUAAAAAAAAUG